GCGCAUUUUGAAUAUCCCAGCUGCACGGCUGCCAGACCCGCCAUUGUCACGAUCGAGGAUGUCAAGCUAGGCAGAUAAGUGUCUACGAUCCAUCUCAUCCUUUGGCAAGAUGGUCUUCUAACGCAAUCGCCAUGGGUCACACCUCUAAUUUCGCGCCGUGUAAUACUUGCCUAUACAAGCCAUACAAAUCUCAGAACCUUCACAGGCAUCACGAUACCAACGUCAUAUGAAGUGUCACCGACAGUGGCGCUACCUCCAAUCCCGUACUUCGAGCUACUCGAGACUCGAGACGUAGAUUACAACUGGGAACUGUCAAGAAUACCUAGGCCAACUGCAUCUUUAAGCUACUUAACCAAAUGGCGCUUUUACAUGCCGCGCGGAAACCCACUGGUAUCAAGAACGACGGAUAUGUGGAUCCGCUUGUCGAACGGGGAGCAUAUUACAGAGUGCGCUAGCCUACGUCACAGACGCCUCUCCACACAAUCUCCACAUGUUUCUCGCAAUACCAGAGCUCCGUGCGCUUAUAGAAGCACAGCAAAAACAGGCCAACACGAAUGCCAAGGAACAGGAAGUAACAGACGAACGUGCGAACUUCUGGUUCCCAACUCUGACGAUGAAUUUGGAAGUGAAAAUGGCGCUUCCAGAGCGAGGUGUUGAGUGGUUGACUGUUAGAGUGACGACGAAGCAGAUUAGGGAUGGUAGGUUUGCUAUGGAUUUACUUAUAAGGGAUGUGGAUGGGAGAUUGUGGCUUUGAGUCAACAGGUUGCGACGAUUCUAAGUAUUGAACGGAAUAUGGCGAGUAGGAAACCGAAGGCAGUACUGUAAAGAUUCAGGAUUGUUCCUGGAGAAGAAGCUAGCAGUCAGUCAUGGUUGUUUUGUGUGGUGCUCUGAGAACGGUGGCUGGUAGGGAAUCGAGGACUCUAUUUAUGAACUCGUGUAAUUUGAGUGAGAAUAUCAACGUCAAAUAGCUCGGCGCGAGAAAUUAGAUAUCUUAAAGUUAACAUCUGGCACAAUACAAAUGAUCCUGCGCAUUUUUAACAGUCAAAGCAGAAAGAACCAACUUUUUUAAAUAAUUUAAACAAAGAUAGAAUACUUUUGAAAGUCCUAGGUCUUCCAUUCUCCUCACUCUCUGCGGCAAAUCGUAUAUUCUUCUA